CCUGGUUUGCUCUAGCAGCACACCCGCAAGACUAUGACGCUGAAAGCCGGAGAUACGGACGGGUUCAAUUCGACGCAGUUGGUACCAAUGUCGAUGAUCCUGCAAGCUUUCUCAAGGGACGAAGGAGCCUCGUAUUGGAGGUCUAUGCAAUGGCUGAUGAAAUUGCAGCAAAACACCUCGAAUAUCAACUAAGCGAUACCACACCUAGUUCCGACAAGAGCAUUGCUGAGGUCCGAGGCUGGUUUCAGAAUUGCAUCGAUAAUCAUCACGGUUGCCCGAAACCAAAAUCUGACGUGUUGCCUACGAGGUUGAUCGAGAUUCAGAGCGGAAAUUGCCUGAGACUUGCUACCAGAGUGCAAGAGGGGCCCUAUGUCGCAUUAAGCUACUGCCGGGGCGGGCCUCAGAAGUUAGCCCUUGUCAGGAAAAAUGUGAAUAACAUGGCAAAAGGAUUCAAGGAGUCGGACUUGCCGCUCACUCUGCAGCAUGGUAUUGCAUUGACACGGAAACUUGGUCUGCGGUACAUCUGGAUCGAUUCACUUUGCAUCAUACAAGACGAUGACGGUGAUAAACUCAGGGAACUGCCCAAGAUGAUCUCUAACUAUCAAAAUGCUUAUAUCACUAUAGGUAGUGGUUCUCCAUCGUGUUGUGAUGGGUUUCUGGGCGACCGUGCAAGAUGUAAACUUGAUAAAGACGAUGAUAUUCCCCGGGAUAUGCUCCAGAUGUAAAUUUUCUGUCCUGUUGAAGAUAAAGACGAUCCGGCGAGGAUUGAGGGAGAUAUUGUUGUACGGCUUCCCUCCCAUCCACGACAUGUUCUAAGAAAAAGCAGGGUCAUGAUACGCGAAGAGAUGCCCUACCGGAUGUACAGUGAACCGAUUUCGAAACGUGGGUGGACGUUCCAAGAAAGGAUUCUGUCUCCGAGGGUCGUUUUGUACGGCGAACGCACUGUCUGGACCUGUCAAACCAAACAAUUUAGUUCUGGGGGCAUUGAGG